AUGGGCACAGACAAUGGAACUGUCUCCCAGGAAUUUCUUCUGUUGGGCUUUCCAGGCUCCCAAGCCCUUCAGCUCUCUCUCUUCGUGUUUUUUCUAGUGAUGUACACCCUCACAGUUGGUGGUAAUGUUGCUAUCUUAACGUUGGUGAGUACCUCCCACCAGCUCCACACCCCCAUGUACUUCUUUCUGAGUAACCUCUCUUUCCUGGAGAUUUGGUAUACCACAGCUGCAGUCCCCAAGACCCUGGCCAUCCUCCUGGGGAAAAGCCAGACCAUAUCAUUCACUGGCUGCCUUUUGCAGAUGUGCCUUGUUUUCUCAUUAGGCUGCACAGAAUACUUCCUCCUGGCAGCCAUGGCUUACGACAACUAUCUCUCCAUCUGCUAUCCUCUACACUAUGCUGCCAUCAUGAGCAGCUUGCUUUCAGCACAGCUGGCCCUAGGCUCCUGGGUCUGUGGAUUCCUGGCCAUUGCAGUGCCCACAGCCCUCAUCAGUGGCCUCUCUUUCUGUGGCCAACAUGCCAUCAAUCACUUCUUCUGUGACAUCACCCCCUCGAUUGCCCUGGUCUGUACCAGCACACAGAUAGUGGAGCUCGUGGCCUUUGUGAUUGCUUUUGUGGCCAUUCUAAGUUCCUGCCUCAUCACCCUGGUGUCCUAUGUCUUCAUCAUUAGCACCAUCCUCAGGAUUCCCUCAGCCAGUGGCCAGAGCAAAGCCUUCUCCACAUGCUCCUCUCAUCUAACCGUGGUGCUCAUCUGGUACAGAUCUACCAUGUUCCUUCAUGUCCGAACCUCAAUCAACAAUGCCUUAGAUCUGACCAAGGCCGUCACCGUCCUGAACACUGUGGUGACUCCAGUUCUGAACCCCUUCGUCUAUACGCUCCACAACAAGGAAGUAAGAGAAACAGUGCUAAAGAAAAGGAAGAGGAAAUAG